UAAUUAUUCAAGUUCUAUAUAAUAUGCUUUCAAAACAAAUGAGAAUCAGUUUCUUUGUUAAAUUGGUUGAGUUAAAAUCACUAACAAGAAAAAAUGUGUGCCAAGUAUCUUCUUAUAAUCAUAGCCAUUAUUGGAAAUACAGCAUCUGAAGUUCCUUCGUACCUCCAAAUCUGUGGUCAAAAGAAUCCGAAUCUCGAUGAUUGCGUCAUCAAAAGCAUUGAAAAUUUGAACAAGAAGCUCAUUGAGGGAAUUCCCGAAAUAGACAUAUUGCCAAUAGAGCCGUUUUUGCUUGAUAAUAUAACAAUUAUCGACAUGCCUAACUUUAAGAUUGUUGCCAUGAAUAUGAAAUUGUAUAAUUUAUCGAAUUUUCAUAUAGAAUAUUUGCACUUGGAUCUCGAGAAAAUGGAAUUGGACAUAAAUCUUCAUUUCGAUAAAAAUGAAAUGAAUAUUGAUUAUGAUGUGACCAUAAAUCUUUUCGUCCCUUUACAGAAAAAAGGACCGUUGACUUUGAAAGGGGAAAACAUAAAAUCAAAGGCGAAAUUGUUCUUGGAGAAAAUAGAACGUGAUGGCAAACAAUAUCUUUAUUUCAAAUCGAUAAAUCUAAAUCUGAGCAUCGAAAACUUAUCUUUCCACUUCAAUUCGGAUGAUUUCAAUAUUUUGAAAGAAAUGAUAAAUGAGUUUGAUGAUAAAGUGUUAUUAAAAAUUUUCACAUCUAGUUUAGAAAAAAGCACUUCAAAAAAUUUUCUUGAAUUAUGCAACAAUUUCUGUAAACAUUUCACUUUUGAUGAAUUACUCCCUGAUAGAGAGUGAAAAAGAUUGGUCGAAUUUGUUGCAACAAUUUUCUGCAACGAUGUAUUUUUCAUUUUUUAAUUCUUUUUUUUUCUUUUUUUAUUAAGCAGUUCUGCUAUAUUCUGUCAAAUAUUUUUUCCAAUUAUUUUAAAAUAUUUUUAUUUCGAGCAUAGCAUUCAACGAGUCAAGAAUCAAGAAAAAUAUAACAAUUUUAAAUAAUUGAAAAAAGUGAAAAAAAAUAAAAAUAAUAUACAAAAAUUUAUGUUUGUAAAAAAUCUAAUAAUUUGAAUAUUUUAAAAAAUGAAAAAAUAAAUAAAUAAUUUAAAAAAUGCAUAAAUAAAUAUGUAAAUAUUAGAAUUCUAGUAGUUAUUGUUACUUAGCACUAAUGUCAUAUCAUUAUAAUGUUAAAUAAAGUUGUAAUGUUAGAAAGUGAUUAAAAAUUUUGUAAAAAUCUAAAAA